AUGCAGACUUUUCCCUAUACCCUGGUCUUCUUGGCCGCGCUGUUGACCAGCGCGGUUGUCCAUGCAGCUCCUCAGUCACUCAGGCGGGAUCGUGUGACUACCCUUUCACCGUCGGAAUUAUCUGGCCUCGCGCCUUUCACACAAUUUGCCAGAGCAGCAUACUGCCCUUCAGACAAAGUGCAAGGCUGGAACUGCGGAGAGGCCUGUGAUGCUGUUCCGGGUUUCAACCUCACUUUAACGGGCGGAGAUGGCAAUGAGAUACAGUUAUUCUACGUCGGUUACUGGCCAGACCAGAAGACUGUCGUUGUUGCCCAUGAAGGGACGGACCCCACGGAAUUAAUGUCAGACUUGACUGACGUCAAUAUUGUAACGGAGAAGCCCGACGCCACACUCUUCCCUGGGCUCCCUGACGACAUUACAGUGCAUUCCGGCUUUGCCGACGAACAUAAGAAAACUGCCGGCACAAUCCUCACCGAGGUUCAGAAUCUGCUUUCAGCGAAUAACGCCAAAAGUGUAACUCUGGUCGGACACUCUUUGGGUGGCGCUCUGGCUGAGCUGGAUUCCCUAUUCAUGGUGUUAAACCUGCCGGGGGACAUCAGUGUUCAAGCUGUGACUUACGGGACUCCUCGUGUCGGCAACGGCGCAUGGGCCGCGUUCUUCGACUCAAAGGUGCCAAACUUCAAGCGAGUAAAUAACGAGAAAGAUAUCGUUCCGAUCGUGCCCGGUCGUUUCUUGGGAUUCGCCCAUCCCCACGGAGAAAUCCAUAUCGUGUCACCCGGAGAUGCGGUUUCAUGCCCUGGUGAUGACGAUGCCGACGAUGACCAAUGCACUAUCAAAACUGUCCCCAACAUUGCUGACGGUGACGUGCUCGAUCACUUAGGUCCUUACGAGGGUAUAUACAUUGGUACACUAUUUUGUGACUCCUAG